AUCUCGACGGCACGUUUUGUUGACGUAAGGUGGACGGAUUUGCGGCACGUUACGGGGCGGAAACGAAAUGAAGUCGAAAUCCGACAAGAAGCACUGGGCAUACCCAGCAUGCAUCAAUCUGUGGCGUAUGUUUUUCAGUAUAUACCGUUCACGGAUCAGAUCGCUCGCGUGAGCGUACACAUCACACGAUGGCACCCUUCGCUGGCCAGCACCUCGGCUCAGUGCGAAACACACUUCUACGAUGCAAUCAACAAGUGCAGCGAGACCGAUCUCAGCGCAUCCUAUGGAAGUUUCAUAAGCGAUCUUCGCAGUGGCUGUGGCGAAUUGCGAACUUAUGCGCAGCUGCUUCAUCAGAAAGACGUUGUUGCGAGGGCACUGAUCAGACAUUUGAAUGACGUCGACAGUGCAUCGCUGGUCACGUUGCUCCAGUAA